ACUUCACGUUGCGUUUGUGGUAGUUCCUGAUAUUCCUGUUGGACAACGAUCUAAUCACAUCGCAUAUUACAGCCAUGGCGUCGUCUGGCGCAACUGACCUUAGUCCCGAUUCUCCGCUGGAUCUUUCUAUGUCGACAUUAAAUUGUGAAAACAUCAAAGAAUUAGCAGAAUCUAAAAAGGAACUUGCCAAUAAGUUAUAUGCACAGAAGCAAUAUAAGAAGGCAUUGGCUGGUUAUAAUGAAGCUAUUGGUUUGUGCCCUGAAGAAUCACGUUACUAUAGCAAUAGAACAGCAUGUUACAUGAUGCUUGGACAAUACCGAUAUGCAUUGGCAGAUGCUAAGAAAUCUAUGGAACUAGAGCCUGAGUUUUCUAAAGCCUAUGUAAGAGCAAUCAAGUGUUCCUUGAUUUUGGGUGACGUUGUAGAAGCUGAGACCAUAUUGAACAAAUUACUGCAAUUUGAUCCAAACAAUGAACAAAUAAAAAAGGAAAAUAUACUAGCCGAUAUACAAUGGAUACAAAAAUAUAGUGAGGAUGGUGAGAAUGCAUAUAAUGCUAAAGAUUUUCGCAAAGUUGUGUACUGUAUGGAUCGUUGUUGUGACAUAAGUACAUCUGGUACGCGAUUCAAGUUAAUCAAAGCUGAAUGUUUAGCUCUUUUAGGAAGAUAUCAAGAAGCUCAGGAUUUUGCAAAUGAUGUUUUACAUGUGGAUAAGCAAAACGCGGAUGCAAUAUACAUCCGUGGAAUGUGUUUAUAUUUCCAGGAUGAUAUUGACAGAGCUUUUACCCAUUUCCAACAAGUAUUGCGACUUGCACCAGAUCAUACUAAAGCCUUGGAAAUAUAUAAAAGAGCAAAAUGUCUAAAAAAGAAAAAAGAAGACGGCAAUGCAGCGUUUAAAAAAGAACAGUAUCAGGAAGCAUAUGAUCUUUACAAUGAAGCUCUGACAAUUGACCCACACAAUAUCAUGACUAAUGCGAAAUUGCAUUUCAACAAAGCAACAGUUGCAGCUAAGUUAGGGAAGUUGAAAGAAUCUUUAGAAGAGUGCACAGAAGCUCUGAAACUCAAUGAAAAUUAUUUGAAAGCUCUUCUCAAAAGAGCAUCCAUUUACAUGGACCUGGAAGAAUACGAAGAAUCAGUUCGAGAUCUCGAAAAAGCGUGUAAAAUGGAUAAAAACAAUCGCGAAACAAAACGGUUGCUUGCUAAAGCAAAAUUACUGCUGAGGAAGUCUAAGAGAAAAGAUUAUUACAAGAUUCUCGGUAUCGACAAAAAUGCGUCAACUGAAGAUAUCAAGAAGGCUUAUAGAAAACGAGCACUAGAUCAUCAUCCAGAUCGUCACGCAAAUGCGAGCGAAGGAGAAAAGAAGGAACAAGAGAAAAAGUUUAAGGAAGUCGGUGAAGCCUAUGGUAUUCUGUCAGAUCCUAAGAAACGAUCUCGCUAUGACCGCGGUCAUGAUCUAGAUGAUAACGAGAGUGGUUUUCAAGAUAUGGAUUCUAACGCAAUGUUUCACUUCUUCUCCCAAGACGGCGGUUUUGGUAGCAACGCAUUCACUGCUGGCUCGUUUAUGGACGGUUUCCCUAACGCUUUCCACUUUCAUUUUCCGGGCUAAUGAUUUUUCCAAAAUGAAUUACAUGAUCACAGUAUACUAACUGUGUAUAUGAGAGAGAUUCGAGUAUAUUUUUUAUUAGUAAAUAUUGCAUCGAAUUUUUCAAAAUAUUUGAGAUCACGAUGCAAGUAGUUUGUCAUCAUUUGCGUUUUUUGUAAGUUUGGAAUGUAGACACCAUCAACGUUAACGAUAUAUUUAUUUAAACAUGAGGCAAACGCGGUUGUAAAUAUAACAUUUUACUAUUAUAAUUACGAUACAAGUAGAUCUUCGAUUUAACGGAUUUAGUGAAUAUUGAGGGGUUAACGACGCGUGCAUGCAGGCAACUACAAAGCCUGAAACACACUCGUACCUGAAAACCUUUUGUGAAUAGAUAAGAAAUAUAUAUCUGUUGGUUAAUGUUUUUAUUGAGACGAUUAGUUAAUGUAAUUAAUGUAAAUUUCUCUAUAAUAAUCUAUUAUGUGUCUCAUGUGUCCAAAGAUAUUAGAUACGAUUUAAUUUUGAUACUAAUCUUGAAAUUGAGAUAAAUUGUUAGUUUUCGAAAAAGUUCGUAAAAUCGAGGGUUUACUAUUGUGUUUUGAUCUUUUUGGUAAAGUAAUCAAAGUUAUUGUUUUUAUACCUUUUGUCUGUAUAUGAUUACAAAUAUUUGCUAGAUUCGCAUUGUCAAGGUUUAACGUAUCUAACAAAUUAAUGUAAUGUUAUAAGUAAGAUAUAUACACAUUUAAGUCUGCGGUAUAAGAUGUUUUCUUUUGUGUUAGAUCGCACGCGAGAAUUCAAAGAAUGAUCAAAUCGUUGUGACGCUUGUAUGAGAUCCUGCAUAAAAAAAAGCAUCAUGUCUAUAAGAUUGUAUGUUAAACCGAUGUGAAAGAAUUAAUUACCAUAAUUCUUUCGCAUUUAUCUAACGACAUUUGCUUGACAUAUUGUUCUAAAAAAAAAAAAAAAUUGUAAAACUUUCGAAACUAGAGUUCGUUUCGUAGAUCUUACAAAUCAUAUAUUUAUUCCAUAUAGGUCUUUCUACAAAUUGAGAAGUUACAAUACAUUUCGAUUUUAUUUAAUCAAAUAUAACCGAAGUCGACUUUUCUCUGAUGCGAAUAUUUUAAACCUAUUGUGAGUCUUACAUGUACGUAUAUCUAUGUAAAACGCAAUACGUGUUAUAUCAAUCAAGCUUUCAUGCCUCAACAGCACUUUAUAUGAUAAGAAUACUAGAAUACUAUAGCCAUGUGCGAGCGACGCGCGUACCGUGAUUGGAGGAUUUGUUUUCACCCUUGUUAUUCCCACGAGAAACGCGGGCGUGGUUCCUCCCCUCCGUCCACAGCCUACGUGCCAAUUCAAAGGAUUCAUUCAUACGGUCACUUUUAUUUCCCGUUUGCCAUUCUUACCAGAGACUCACUGUGCCGUAAUCGUCACGCUCGAUGCGCGCGCGAGCGAUAUCAGAAAGUCAUAAAUAAUCAAUUACUUGCGGCGACAGGUAGUUUUUAAUAAUGAAGCGCAACGAAACAAAAUUUCGAUCAACAUAAUCAGUCAGAAGUAUAUUUAAAAAAUUGUAAAAAAGUAAUUUAUAUAAAUAUUAAUUUAUAUAUUUUA